CGCCCGGGGCCAAUAUCCCGUCGGACCGUGGGCACCGUGACGUGGUGGUGAAUGCUGCUCAUGAUAAAAGUACAUCUCGAAAAGUGCUCGUUUAGUGCCGCAAACUAGUUUGUGGCUCGAUCGCUUGGCGUCUUCUGUGCGUACACAGUUGUAUUUUACUUGGACUAAGACCGUUUACCGGGUUGUUUUCACCAGAAGCUAACGGUUUACCGCUGUUUUCCCUGACCACCGGGACUGUGUGAUCGUGUCCGCCGUGACUGACGAGAAGUGAUCCGGAGGCAACAUGAAGCUCUACAGUCUCAGCGUCCUCUACAAAGGAACCAACAAAGCCAACCUCCUCAAAGCGGCCUACGACCUGUCCUCCUUCAGCUUCUUUCAGCGCUCCAGUGUCCAGGAGUUCAUGACCUUUACCAGUGCCUUGAUAGUUGAACGAUCAUCUCAAGGAAGCCGUGCUUCUGUCAAAGAACAAGAGUACCUGUGCCAUGUGUAUGUGAGGAAUGACAACUUGAGCGCUGUAGUCAUUGCAGAUACCGAAUACCCACAGAGAGUCUGUUUCACGUUGCUCGACAAGGUAUUAGAGGAGUUCUCCAGGCAGGUCGACAGUAUAGACUGGCCCUCCGGUAAUCCCGACACCAUAAACUACAAAGCCUUGGACAUUCACCUUUCUAAAUACCAGAAUCCCAGAGAAGCAGAUGCGAUGACCAAAGUACAAGCGGAGCUGGAUGAAACAAAGAUCAUUUUGCACAACACGAUGGAAAGUCUGUUGGAGAGAGGAGAGAAACUGGAUGAUCUUGUGGCAAAGUCUGAGCACCUGGGAAACCAGUCCAAAGCCUUCUACAAGACUGCACGGAAACAGAACUCAUGCUGUGAAAUCAUGUGAUGCCGCUGCCUCGUCCUAGUGGACACGCCUCUCUCUGCCUUUCUGCUUAUCCUACAACUCCCAUCAUGCACCAGCCACCGGCUCUCAACAAGGACACAACUGGGGUGCCGGGAUGAGAGCGCGAAAGGGUGGCCAGUCUAAAAGUGAGACCUCUCCAGAUUGUCACUGAUGGGGGCUGAAGGACUGAUGGGGUUUGGUCAGAAGAAGAAGUAACAUUUGAAUUAUUUUUAACCUCUCAAAGGGUGAACAUCAGUGUGGUGUAUCAAUACCAGCUUGAAGACAUAAUUGGUGUGAUGUUGUGUAUCGGUGAUGUGUCGUUGAAACCGUCUUCAAACCAUUUAAUGUUAUUCAGAUUGAAUCCGAACGUAAUAUUUUGAUCAUAACUCGUAAAAUAUUUCCAAGAGUAUUAACCAUGGUUGUGCUUUUGCUUCAUGGCAACUCUGACAAUCUCUCAGUCUUAUAUAUUUGUGCAGCAGGUUAUGGUUGCGCUUCAAUUCUUUCAAACUGGCGUUAACCUUUUAUGCCCACUAGGUGGCAACGUGCAUUUACUUUAUACAUCCUCAUCAUCAUACAUCAGCCUCCACACAGGUUAAUUAAAAAAAAAUAAUAAAAAUCCAGUGGGAGCUCAGCGACUGCUUGGACAUUUGAUAUCAAAAUCUUACAGAAUUCCCAAUGACUUUUAAACAGUUACAUAAGUUACAUAACCCUUUUUUUUUUUAUUUGCUUUUGUCUGUCUGAUAGUAUUAAAUCUUCAACAUUCCCGCUUUGGCUGAUUGAGUGAUGCUUAAAGUUAACGAGAAGCGGAGGAAGUUUCCCAUAGACGCAGCCUUAUUGCAGCGUGGCUCACAUGUUCAUUCUCAUUUCCUGUGCGUGCUGUAGCUUUUCACUCUCACAACUCUGGCCUCUUAUUAACACACACGACACUUAAGCGGCCGUUUAAAAGCCCGCGCGGACGUCCGCUGUCCAGGUCUCAUCUGGACCUCUCAGACCUGGGAUCACUGGCAUCUUACCAUCAUUUAUUGGGACUGAGGUGAUUCCGGGCAUCCUCAGGUGCCGUUGCACCCUCUGGCCUAUUAUUGUGUUGCUGUGGGUGUAACAUUUGCAAAGAGAAUGGACACGUAUUAAGAUCCCACUUUGGCUGUAAGACACUCCUUAGAUUACAUUGUUUUACUGUGAGCGCUGUUUUCUUUAAUUCAGGUCUGAUUGGUUAGAAAUUUAUUUCUGUUUUUUUUUUUUUUUUUUUUUUGAGUUUAUGAUAAAGAGAUGCCUUCAGUUGUGCAUUUUAGAUGUUUCUCUGCUCUCUCUGUCUUUCUCUUCUGUAUGUGUGUGCGUGUGUGCGUAUGUGUGAUGUGCUGAUAUGCUGCAUUGACGUAGAGUGCCUGUGUGGAUCGUACGCGUGGCCUGAAUUUGCGGUUUUUCUGCUUUUACUGUAUAAACUUUUGUGCAAUAUCUGCAAACUGUUGGCGUGUGUCUCUUUAUUAAAUUACUGAGAAAUUUAUGAAAGAUCUCUCACAUCGAAAACAAUAAAUUGACCUUUGUUUAUGCUGUUCUCAUGACUCACGUGAAGAUCUCCCAGGGUUGUUUUUGACACAUGUUUAAUUUUGUCUUUUAAAGAACGUCCGGAUGAAUUUGAUCACCUGUCAGAUCUAUGGAGUUAUGCUGUAGCUAUAUUCUAGGUCCAGUCUUACUGACCAGUGUGUGUGUGUGAAUCAAUCUGCAUUGGACACUUUGAUCUGGAUGUGGUUUGCAAAAUUAAAACAAAGACUUCUGUUAAUAAACUUUUUUUUUUUUGUCUGUAUUAACAUUUUGUUCUUGGAGCGUUCACUUGUUCGGGCACUGUUUGCAGAACAUGUAAUCUUACUUAGAUAAACGGAAAAACGCUG